UUUUGGGUUGUGAUGUGUGGAUCUGGGAACUGGACUCAAUGAUCUUGUGGGUUCACUCCAACCUGAGAUACUCUGUGAUUCUGUGAUUCUAUGACUAAUCAUAGAUUUUAGAUUGUAGAUCAUAAUACAAAUGAUGCCAAUCAAUCUCAAUGGUGAGAGCACCAGAAAUGGCCUUUAAUGCAUGAACUCCUUUUAAGUUGCUCAGAAAUCUUCUUCCCGCCACUCCAGCUGUCAGUGUGGCUCUCUGCCAUGAUGCUAUUGAACAGCAGCAGACACAGCUAGAAACCUUUGAAAGGUAUUUUUGGGCACACACACACAGACGUGGGGCUCUCAUUGCCAGGUGCAGUGCUGUGGGAUCAGAGGGGUUGCCAGGCUCUGCCGCUCUGCCACUUGUCCCAGCACAGGGGCUCAGGAGCAGUUCAUGUCACUUCACUCUUUACCUGCACCUCCUGGAUCAAAUCGGUCCUCUGUUUUUAAAAGAAAAAAAGGGAAAAAAAAGCAGCAAGAAGGGCUUUUAUUGUGAAAAAGAGACUCUUCAAAUGCCUGCUCCCCUCUUCCCAGCCUCUCUGCUCCCCCCACCGGGAGGUGGGUCCGGGCUGCUGCCGAGUUGGAAAACUGGCGGCCGGACUUGGCCAGGCGUCCUCAGCGCAGGGACUGCCGCCAGCCUGAAGGGCACGGGGCGGCAGCGCCUGGCCUGGCGCCGGGGGGACAGGGGAUGUGGAUCAGCCACCCAGAUAUUUUAUAUAGAAAUAAUGCAGUCUAUAUCCUGGUUCUCCACGGAACUGCUGCUGGGGAGCAGUGUCAGCCCAACGGUGACCGCGUGCAGCGAAGCCCACGAGGAGCAGCGAGCCGACAGACACUGCCAGCCAUGGCCCAACGACCGUGGAGAAGGACGGGGCUGAAGCACCCUUCCCUAUUGGCUCUGCUAAUCUUGUUGGCCCUGGCCCUGCUAGCACUCUCCUACCUCCCCUCUCCACCAAAUGGGGAGCAUGGCCGGGCCUCUUCGCCCCAUGUGGCACCAGCGCCUCCAGCACCUGCAUCACUCCUGCUGGCACCCCGGCCCCGGCGAGAUGUGGCCAUCACCCCAUGUAGGGACCAGCCCCCCAGCCGGGGAGCAAAAAGACACAGGGGGAAAGGACGGUGGCUGAGGCAGUGGGGUGCCUCAAUGCCUUCCCCUUGUGCGGAUCAGCCAUGCAGGUGGGGCGGCUCACCUCAGGAGGACAGGCUGUGUUUUGGUGAGACAGUCCCACCGUGGCUCUCAGAGGAUGACAUCCAGAAGAUGGAGCUGCUGGCCCGUGGCCAAGUAGUCUCUAAACGCCGUGUGCCAGCCCAUGGGCAGGUCCUGCGCAUCCGUCUGCGUGCUGAUGGCGACACCCAGCCUGCCAGUCCAGGGGAGGACUGUGGGGAUGGGCGAUGUGGGCUCAUCAAGCGCUCCACAGACCUCUAUGAGGUGGUGGCCUUCCACCUGGACAGGGUCUUAGGGCUGAACAGGAGCCUGCCCGCAGUGGCCCGCCGCUUCUCCAGCCCCAUCCUACCCUACAGCUAUACCAACGGUGUCCCCCGGCCCCUCAUCUGGUGGGCACCUGACGUCCAGCACCUGGAGGACAGCAACAAUGACCAGAACUCCUGUGCCCUGGGGUGGCUGCAGUAUCAGGAGAUGCUACGGUCCCACAGUGUGGCCCCGGUGGCAGGAGACACAGCCUGUGCAAGCAUCCAGCGCGGUGAGUGGGGCCGCUUGGCGCUCUUCGACUUCCUCCUGCAGGUUCAUGACCGCCUGGACCGAUAUUGCUGUGGAUUCGAGCCUGACGCCUCCGAGCCCUGUGUGGAGGAGAUGCUCCAUGAAAAGUGUCGAAACCCAUCCGAGUUGUUCCUGGUGCACAUCCUGGUCCGGAGGAGCGCUCCGUCCCAGCUGGUGUUUAUCGACAACGCAGGCCGGCCACAGCAACCAGAGUCAAAGCUCAACUUCAGGCUGCUGCAGGGCAUAGACAGCUUUCCAGAGACAGCUGUGGCCACACUGAGGUCGGGCUGCCUGACCCACAGGCUGCUGAAGUCGCUGUACAGGGACCAGGAGCUGUGGGAGAGCCAGGGAGGUGCUGCAGGGCUGUGGCCUCUGCUGCAGGUCCUGGAGAGGCGGGGACAAAUCCUGCUGCGGUACCUCCAGGAGCACAACCUGACUGUGGUGAGGGACACCCUGCGCUGAGCCCUGCAGGUCUGCAAAGUGGAACUGAAUGUGGGUUCUUGCUUCUCCAAAAGGUGUCUUUUUAUUAACCCCUGUUAGUGGGAUGUCCUGGGAAAGGACAAGGGGUUGUGGGGUGUAGGAAAGAGGAAGAGGAGACUUUCUGAAACAACCAACAGAUGUUUGGAAAGGCAUUAAGCAAGAUUUAUCACACAAUCUGCUCAACGUGGAGUUUUCAAAGAAGGAGAACAUCUGUGAGAUUUUGGAUGUUCCCAAAAUAACAAAAGUAGAGACUCUGGAGUGGUGUGGGGAAAAGCAGAGUGAACCCUAAUAAUCAAGGACAAGUCCCCAGAGCUGAGCUCUGCCUUCUCCCAUGGUGAAGGUGACGUAUGCCUAUGUCUGCAUUAAGCUUUCUCUAAGGCUUGCAGAUAAAUCUUACCAAACACCCAGGAAACCUUCGACAGAAAGCAACCAAGUGCAAAACGCCAUCUGAGGAUGCUGAUAACAAAAGAGAGCCUGCCCCCCCUUUAUCAUAUCUUCCAGCAUUGCCCACCAGUCGAGCAGUAUAUACAUUGAUACAAUAGUCAGGAUUGAGAGCCCUGAAUGAAGUAGAGGAGACCAUCAGCGGUGCCUCUGCACGCUGCUGCCCUGUUGCCCUUGAGCUGGAGAAAGUGUCCACCCGUGCAGCCAGAGAGGCAGAAAGCAGGCACUCACACUGCUCCUCUUGCAUCCAUCUCAGCAGUGUGUCAGGUUUAGAGCCUUCCAGGGGAUACUUUUGUAGCCGUGCUGAUAAGUGUAGGCAAUUACCUUUUCCUCUUGCUUAAGAGAAGAUGAAGUGAGGCUGGAGUGACAUUAAUCAGUGAGCGUGAGUGCUCUCAGAAAGCACUGGUAUUAGCCUUGCCUGCACCUCAGCAUCCUGAACGCUUUGCUGUGGUCCUGCCCUGGUGCUGGCAAGGGAAAACCUAUCUGCCAUCAUCAUCUCCUCCUCUGCCAGGGUGGCCUGCAUGAGAAUUCAUUCUGAGGAGGUUUGUAAGAAUGGAGGAGAACAAAAUAACUCAUCCUGGGUCCAAAAUGUCUCAUCCAUCAUAAUAAAUGAGAUUGAUAAUCAUCAAAUCGUAGAAUCACUAAGGCUGGAAUCAUUAAGGUUGGAAAAGAGAAGAUCACCUACCACCACCACGCCCACUCAAUUAUGUCCCUCAGUGCCACAUCCACGCGGUCCUUCAACACCUCCAGGGACGGUGACUGCACCACCUCCCUGGGCAGCCUGUGCCACUGCCUCACUGCUCUUUCUCAGAAGAAAUUCUCCUCAUAUCCAACCUGAACCUCUGCUGGUGCAACUUGAAGCAAUUCUCUCUCAUCCUAUCGCUGUUAGAACAGCUGGGAGCAGAGGCUGACCCCCACCUCACCACAGCCAGCUGUAGGUCUCCCCUGAGCCUCCUCUUCUCCAGGCUGAACAACCCCAGCUCCCUUGUGCUCCAGACCUUCACAGCUUCAUUGCGCUUCUUUGAGCAUAAUAAACAUAAUGCAAUGGAACAUAAUGAAAUCCAGAAAACACACCAUGGUAAGCUCCAUGGUAGCUGUGGCAUUAGUUUGGAUGUGUAGCAUUAGUCAUAGUCAUUAAAAUGAGAAACUUCACUAAAAGAGAGUUUGUCAUCCCAUGCAAAUCGAGUUCUCAGCAAGGAGAGAGGGGAAGGAGGGGUGACGCACAGUGGCUAAAGCUGUUUGCUUUUCUGAGCUGAGCGGCAGCCUUUAUUGUGCUUCUGAUUGCAUCGGCUUGACCUUAGCAUUGCAUGAGAUACUGGGGAUCUUUCUAGCUUUUUGGCAUUUCCUUACCUGUAACAUGAGUUUGCUGGCUUAACAGCAAACAUUAGAGAUAUGGGAACAUCUGUGAGCCUUUAUGUACCUGAAUCAAAAUUCGUAUAUCUGCCCAGUAUGUACAAACAAGCUCUCCUGUGACCCCAGGCAUGAACACCCAGUAACAUUGGCACAAGCAUCCCCCAAAAGCAUGCCACCUGGAAAAACAGAGCAGGAGUGCCUGUGGAAGAAGGAAAGCUUCUCCAGAAGGCCUUCUUGCAGCAUUUGCAGGCUGCUACUUGACCUGCCCAUUGCAGCCAUAAGACACCAAAUCCUUCCACCUUUGCAGAUCUUGCUGAGCAUCCUGAGCACCCACUGAGAACCAUGAGAUCCCUGCUCAUGUAAAGGCAUACACACAAUCAGAAGGCUGGAAGCCCUGUAAGCUCAGCCCUGUGCAAAUGUAUUGUUAAAUCACUGGAUAUAAAAAUAACCCGCCUUUCAGAAAGCAAUUUAUUUGUGCUUUAGGUACUUGCUUAAAUAUUUAUGUGGAAAAGGAAAAAAAAAACACCUCUCUGACAUAAGAAUAUCAUUGUAGCAAUGGCUUUAAGAUUAAUGGAAGCAAAUUAGCCUGACGUUUUAUUUACGUCCAGCAAAGAAAUAGAUAAACUCUCCUCGUGAUGGAUUUUCUUCAUUAGUGGAGAGAAUGCCUAAAGUAAGAUUUCAACAUUGUUUCCGUCAAGUGGUUGGACAAACGGUUUAUCAAAAGAGUGUAAAAUUGUCGGGAAAUGGAGCAGAUUAAUGACCAGUGGAGGGGAGAUCAUGGAAUUUAUGACAUAAGUAGCAGCAUCACUGGAGCCUAGGAAGCAGCUUAUUAGAUAAGCAACGUAUGCCUCCACGCACAACCUGAAGGCUUCGCCGGCAUACAGCAGAUUUACGGCUUAUAGAAAAAAAGGGGCUGAAACAGUGAGGCAGUGCUUGGUUUUUACCUGGUGCUUGGGUGAAAUAUCCCCAUAAAACCCCGUGUCUGCUCACAAGCGUGGCUGCCCCAACCGAGCUCAUGGGCAAAGCAUCAGAACUCAUUUUUGUGUCUGAAUGACUGACACAAGGCACUGUCCCCAGGGGUUUUUCUGGAAGUGGGUGCCCUGCUCUGUCAGGGUCUGAGUGCAGGCAGUUCUGUGCCUUGCUGGGAGUUAUGGUGGGCUUCACCCCCAAUUUUGGCUCCCCAGGGAAAACCCUCC